AUGGCUAUGAUUGACCUUAAACCUGACAAGAUAUGUCGCAUCGACACCAAACGCGAGUUCUACGAGCUUGUGAUUCAUGUACUCACUCAAAGCAACGCUGUGACGGUCAGCAGCCAUGAGCGUGACGAAUCCUGUCACUACACCAAAACGCUUCGCAAGCGAGGGCGUCCACCUCGCUUGGAUUCGGCCCGCUCUUUGAGGAGGGGAACAGGUCAAUUUGUUGAGCACGAAUCACCACAAGACACACCUCGAAGCCCCUUGGAGAUAGUAGCUUUAAGUAGCGCAUCGCUGCCAGAUAAUUCCAAUUGCAUGGCUCCUCCCGAUCGAAGAAGCUCCACAAUAGGAGGGGCUACGGAAAGCAUAUCAGAAUUUCUCAAGAACCCAAUUAGUAUCGGUACUGCCGAUUCGACCUUCUCGUCCCAACAUGAGACUUUUAAUCGCUUAUUUCAGAAUUCAUCCAGCAAUGGUGAACUGAAUUUAAAUCAAAGCGAGUUUUCACCUGGUCAAAUAUCUCUGGACCCCAACAGCCCCUUGAAAGAAUUUCCUCGUCCUAAAUUCGAUGAAGAUCCGGGCAUUGCUAACGGAUUCUCUACCAAAAAAUCGUACCGCUGUCUAGAUUCAAUUUUGCCGCAUCUGGUAGGGGUACUUUCUCUAGCGGAAGCUUCAGAGAUGCUGGAAAUCUACUUUAAUGAGGGGUCUAAUUCGCUUUACAAAUCAACAUCACCCUACAUGCUGGCCCAUAUCCUGCAUCCAUCAACAAUGUUAAACCAACCCGAUUCACGUCUGAUGUCCCCUGCUCUUCUUGCGGUGGUCCUUUUCUGUGUCACACAGACUGCAGACAUGAAAAUCUUCGACACACCGGGCGCCCGAGAGCGUACAAGCGUAGAUCUUUAUCGCCUUUCACUGAUCUUACUUGAGUCAGAAGAUCCAGAUAACUAUUUUCGAACUUCCGACGGAUGGCAAUUUCAUCCUCAAACCAAUGACAGCUCACCGAGCGAUUUAACCUCGACUCCGAGCCGUCAACCGUCAGGCAAGUCAUUACUGCCGAGACAAUUAGGCUCAACAGAUAUCAUUCUUGCAGUCACGAUUUUAACGCUGGCUAUAUCGGGAGGCCAUUACAAGGCAGACUCACUGAAAUGGAAAGAUAAACUUGUCAGGCUUGUUCGCGCAAGUGGCCUUAGCAUGGAGGACCAAGAUAUUGAUCUUGGUCCCGUUUUCUGCGGGCUGUAUAACGGCGACGCCACAUUUAGGCGGUGGCUAAUAUCAAAAGAGGAGCGCCGGCGGCUGUUCUGGCUGAUCUACUCUCUAGAUCGUCAUCUCGCCUUGUCUUUCAACAUGCGACUGGGGCUUCCCGAAGGAACCUUCUGUGUCAGAACACCAUUGCCAGAGAAAGUGUGGCGAUCACUUGACACAGCUGAUCUGACCUACAUUCCGACAUGUCCACUCGGUCCACCCACACAGAUUUCGGGUUGUGGAUUUUUCGAAUACUUUUUGCCCUUGGCGACGGUCCUUGGACAUAUUAUUGAUCUGCAUCACUACCGCAGCCACCCAACCAUGGGAAAUUACGUCCCGAUGGAGGCUGUUCGACAUAUAGAGGCUAUGAUCUCGUCACGAGAGCAAGAAUUGGCUGCACUGAAAUCUCAGAACGAUGAAUUGUCUCCGAAUGAUCCCAGCAUCCAGGGCCUUCCUCAGAAUUCCACAGGACCACCGUCACAUAGCACGGAGGAGUUUCCUUCCUCCAAUAUGCCCAAUCCCACAAGGUCCAAUCUACUAUUAGUUCAGAUCUACAGCACCUAUCUUUUGCAUGUCUUCCACAUAUUGCUUCACGGAAAAUGGGACCCGAUCUCAAUGAUUGAAGACAAAGAUGACUGGAUCACAUCGGAGAGCUUUUUGAAAUGUGCCUCCCAUGCACUGAGUGCAACAGGUGUAGUCUCACAAAUUCUGACUUUGGAUCCAGAACUGCUCUUCAUGCCUUAUCUCUUCGGAAUAUAUCUUCUCCAAGGAAGUUUCAUCCUACUACUGUUCGUUGAUCGCAUGCCGGAGCUUGGUCCCAAUCGCUCAGUGGAAGAGGUUUGUGAGACCAUCAUUCGUGCUCACGAAGUCAGUGUGGUAACCUUGGAUACAACAUUUCAAAAAAACUUUCGAAAGGUCUUCAGGUCCAUGUUGUAUGAUGCUCAACAGACCGGUCCUCAUUCGUGGGAUGAGCAUAAAGCUCGACGCAGAGAGCUACUUUCUUUGUACCGCUGGACGCCUUUGUCUCAUGGGCUUGCAUACUAG